AUGGAUGCACUAGAUGUGCUGGAGGUACAGCUUCUGGAGAGACAGAUCAAGCUAGCAGAGGAGAGACAUGUUGCUGGCGAGUCCCGUGAAUCCGUUGGACUUGACAGGCUGAAGCAGAAGCUAUCAGCCGUCAAAUCCAAGGUUCAAACAGUUCAGGCCAAGACAGCUCAUGACGCGAUCGGAGCUGCGCUGCUGAAGGUGAAGGAGAAGGAGGUCAGCUUAGACGGACUGGCACCGGCCAUUCCAUCCGCGACUUCUGCGACUCCAGCUUCCAGUCCUGCACACUGGACAGGCGGACCUCCCGCGAUCGAUGCGGCGGACAAGGAGCAAACACGCGUAGAUAUCGCUUAUCCUAAUGAUGCGGUUCCAAGAGCUGUGCCGCAAGCGGGCGCCACAACUGUCGCAGGUUCUGCUGCGCCGUCCACUCUCACAGCGCCGCAUCUGGCAGCUUUGGGCGGCUUGGCUGCUUCGCAGCCUUCACGGCCUUCACAGCCUUCACAGGUGUCUGUGGGUGCAGCACUGGGAGAUGGUCAUGGCAGCGUUCAGGGGCCCGCUGCAAGUGCUGCACUUCCAGCAUCUGCGGCCCAGGCGCAAGCUGCAGGCACUUUUGCGGAGGAUGCAUCCUUACACGCCUCCGGCUUAUCACUUCAACAACAGAUGCUUUACAUGAAGCAGUAUCAGCAGAUGCUUGUCAACGGAUAUGAUGGAGCGAUGUCAGCGCCAUCGGCUUCUUCUUUUUCCAGCAGCGUUCCUGGCUUCCAAAGUAGCACGGUUGAUGCUGGCAAAGCCCUGGCGGAGCUGAAUUCCUUGGAAGAGCGAGUAAGAGAAGCGGAGGACAAGGUGAAGCGCGCGGCCGCACAGUCGCACCACUAUGUUGGCUUCAUCUCCAAAUUUGACACGAUGAAGGGCUAUGGCUUUGUGUCUUGCUCGGAAACCUUUAAGCGAUUUGGCCGCGACAUCUUCAUCGACCGGGAGUCCUACCAGGGGGCGAAAAUCGGGGACACCGUGGUCUUCUCCGUUGGCUUCAACAAGAAGGGGGAGGUCCGUGCAUGCGAUGUGCAGAAGUUGAAUGAGGUUACCCGACUCAAGCAGGAGCUGCAACAAAAGAAGCAAGCUUACAUGACAAGUGUUUCAAGGUCUGGAAUGAAUGUCCAGACAGCGCUCGAACUGAUUCAGGGCAAAAGACCGGCUCCAGGCGAAGUGGCUGAUGCGCCGAGCUUCAAGCGUUUCGCGAUGUAG